AUGCCGCUGGAGAGGGCCGGGCCGGGGCACCCCUGCUUGCCGGGAGCGAGAGAGCAGCGAGGAGGCCUUGCAGCUCUUCUUCACCUCACUCCUUCUGCCCCAAGAGCCACCAGCGCCAGGCCAGGCCGCGGUGCCUGUGCGCCAAGCACGCCUGUACUCGGGGGGAGCCGGGGGGCACAACCCCGGGCCAGGGGCAGCGGCAGCGGCAGGUCGGCGGGGCCGGCGCCGCUGAGCGCCGCUCUGCCCGCAGACGCCGCCGCCCGCCUGGCCGCCGAGCAAGAAGUGGAAAACCUCUCCGGGCUCUCCCCGAACCCCGAAAAGGACAUCUUUGUGGUGCGGGAAAACCGGACGACGUGUCUCAUGGCGGAAUUUGCCGCGAAGUUCAUCGUCCCUUACGACGUGUGGGCCAGCAAUUACGUGGAUGUGAGUGGAGGGGUCGGGUCCGGGUCCGGGUCUGGGCUCAGGGCCGGGGCCGGGUCCCGGUCCGGGGUUCGGGUCUGGGUCCGAGGUCGGGUCCGCGAGCAGCAGGGCGCACGGCCGCUGUGCUGCAAACCCGCCACGUUAGCCCCGCGUUCAGUAUAUUAGCUCUGCGGAUAAAGUCAGGUCAGUCCACUGGAGGAGGCGGGGGGGAGGCCUCACUUGUCUCCUGUUUCUGCUCUUUGGGCAGCCGGGAAGCACACAGCCAGCUCUCACCGACUCUCUGCCUUAGUCACCCCGGCCGGCAAGUCCUACGAGUGCCAAGCGCAGCAGACCAUUUCCCUUGUCUCAAGCGACCACCAGAAGUCAGUGGAGCUCUUGCUGUCCGAAGUCCGCGUUCAGCCCUUCGACAUCAGCGCGGAUUUUGUCUUCAGUGAAGAGCAUAAAUGCCCAGUGGACCAGCGGGAGCAGUUAGAAGAAACCCUGCCUCUGAUUUUGGGUCUGAUACUGGGGUUGGUUAUUGUGAUAACCCUCUGCGUUUACCAUAUCCACCACAAACUGACAGCCAAUCAAGUACAAAUUCCUCGAGACAGAUCUCAGUACAAACACAUGGGAUAGAUGACAGGAUCGAGCAGCCCAAAUACUUUUCAGGUAGAUAAAGCAAAAGCAUUUUUUUCUGUGGGUGAGGAGACGCAAUUGGAACAAGAGACGGUAUUCACAACACCUAACCGUAUUUCGUGGACAUACCCAGUUACGACUGGGCUCCAAUACAGUCAGGGGAGAGACACAGCUGUCUCCGCAAGGUGACUUGGAGCGUCUAAUUUCUGGAGUCUGGGGUCUGGCUAUUGCCUAUGAAAGUGGGUGGUAUGAAUACCUUCUUAGAUCAACUGGGCCGGUCAUAUGGAAACGGAAACACUUCACAUGUCAAAACACUGGGGGCAAAGUUAGCUUUUCCUUGCAUUGCCUCCAGGGAGUCUUACUCCCAGUAUUUUGCUCUUGGCACGUGUUCAGCCCUCUCUGCUCCCCCACCUGCAUGG